AUGGAGGUGAACCACCCGCCGCUCCUCCAUCAAGAAGCCAGAAGCCGCCGCUGCUCAGCUGCCGAUGAAGACGGACUACGGGGGGGAAAACGCAUCGCUGUUGCUGCUGCUGUUGUUCUCGGCUGUGCAACGUUUCUUCCCUCCUACUCACCGUCUGCCACAUCACCGCCAUCGCCGGCCGAUAUCGUUGGUGCCGUCUGGUGGCGCCGCCGUUGUUGCGGUGAGGAUUUCCCAUUCAUUCAUUGCUUCUCCGCCGUCGCCCACCUCCAAGGAGAUACAAUACAUCAGCUUGGUAAGUGUUCCGCCCAUCUGUGUAUAUUUCAGUGUAACAUAGCGGUUGUUGUUGGCCGGAAUGCUAGCGGACCACCAUGA